CCGGCGGAAGUCGAUUUUUCCUGAUAUAUUUUCAAUAAUAUUACAAAAUUGUGAAAAAUUACAAGUGUGAUUGGUAGUUCAUCAAAUAGAGUUAUGCAGUUUGUUUCUCCUUAGUAUAUUUAUCGGAAAGAACGCGAAAAUCAAUUGAAUUUAGGCAGCGUUUUUCUUUAAAAGCAGUACCAUUUUUACAAAGUCAUGAGGUCAUAUUCUAUCAUGCUGAAACUGUGAAGAGAAUAAAUCUGUUAUAACAAUUUUGCUUAAAGAAUGUACUUGAGAAGUUUGUGAUGUUGAAAAGACCAACUUUAACACAAUGACAUCAAAGACAGAUGUACGGAUCUUGCUUGUAGGAGAUUCUGGUGUAGGGAAAACAUCUUUAAUUUUGUCAUUGGUCAGUGAAGAAUUUAAUGAAGAGGUUCCUGCGAAGGCUGAGGAAAUCACUAUACCAGCUGAUGUAACACCAGAGAGGGUUCCCACACAUAUUGUUGACUUCUCAAGUCGUGAGCAGUCAGAAGAUGAUCUUAUUGAGGAAGUUAAAAAGGCUCAUGUGAUAUGUAUUGUAUAUGCUGUAAAUGAUGAAGAUUCUAUGGAAGGAAUCACAUCAACAUGGCUACCUUUCAUCAGAAAGCAGCUAGGAGAAGAUGCUGGGGUACCAGUCAUUCUAGUCGGGAACAAGGGAGAUCUCAUAGACUACUCAACAGGGGAGGCUAUGGAGCCUAUUAUGCAAGAUUUUGCGGAAGUUGAAACCACAAUAGAGUGUUCAGCUAAAAGUUUGCGGAACAUCAGUGAACUGUUCUAUUAUGCACAGAAAGCUGUGUUAUAUCCUAUGACCCCAUUGUUCAACCCAGCUGAAAAAGAUUUAACACAGAAAUGUAAGAUGGCAUUACAGAGAGUGUUCAGGAUUUGCGAUCUGGAUGGUGAUCAAAUACUCAGGGACGAUGAAGUCAACCUCUUCCAGAGAAAGUGUUUUGACACUCCGUUACAAACACAUAUGUUAGAUGAGGUGAAGGAACUAGUCAGAAGAAGUAUACCAGAUGGUGUGACUGAUAUGGGGUCAUGGUCGGGUUUUACUGUUAAAGGAUUUUUACAUUUGUUUGUGGUGUUUGUACAUAAAGGAAGAAUAGAGACCCCAUGGACAGUGUUGAGAAAGUUUGGUUAUGAUGACAAUCUCUUGUUACGGAAUGAUAUUUUAGCUCCUAAGUUAAAUAUUGGAGUGGGAAGUACUACAGAGUUAAGUGAUGAAGGUGUCAAAUUUCUUACCAUGCUCUUUAAUAGAUAUGAUGAGGACAGAGAUGGAGUGUUGUCACCUACAGAGUUAACUAACUUGUUUUGUACAUGUCCUAUGUUACCAUGGGGACCUGAUGUAAACAAUACUGUAGUUACUAACAUGAGUGGCUGGGUAACAUUACAGGGUUACCUUGCUCAGUGGACGUUGACAACAUUAUUAGAUCACCCGAGAUCAUUAGAAUAUCUAGCUUAUCUAGGUUACCAUUAUCAUCAUGAUUCUACACUCACAGCAAUACAAGUAACACGAGACAAGAAGAUAGAUCUAGAGAAGAGACAGACAGCCAGGAAUGUGUUCAGAUGUCAUGUACUAGGUCCUAAAGGUGUUGGCAAGACAUCAUUCUUGCAAGGUUUGUUAGGAAGAAAUCUCAGAUAUGUUGCUACACUAAAUAAAGAGCAGUUAUCAAGUUUUACGAUAAAUACAGUGCAAGUGUAUGGACAAGAAAAAUAUUUAAUGUUACAUGAAGUAGAUGUGGCGGUCUCCGACAUGUUGUCUCCUACAGAAACUAAUUGUGAUGUAGCAUGUUUAUUGUAUGAUGUCACAAACCCAAGGUCAUUUGAGUUCUGUGCCAGAAUGUACAUGAAACAUUUUCUGGACAGCCGGGUACCAACUUUAAUAGUAGCAUGUAAAGUGGAGCACCCUGAGGUACGCCAAGACUACGAGACAACACCGGCAGCAUUCUGUAACAAAUUUAAACUCUCUCCACCUCAACGAUUCACAUGUAUAGACAAAGUUAACAAAGAUGUGUAUAUAAAAUUAGCAACAAUGGCAGCAUAUCCCAAUCUUAAACGUUUGGUACACAUGUUACUAGUACACCAAAACCCUGUCUGGUUGGAGGAGAGACUAAGUGAUUUGAAGGACUUAGUGUUGGCAAAUGAUAAACGGUUACUGAAAAUUGGUUUAGGAGUUGUGACUGUAACAGGGGUUGGAUUUAUAGUGUACAAAGUAGUUAAAAAUUACAGUCAAUGAGUGGUUGUUCCCCCUGAAUAGUUUUCAUUUGGAGGAAAGAUGAAACAACUUUAGACAAAAUGCAACAAGUGUUCUCAUUGGUUGAAGUGAUCUUUAGGCUGAAACACAGAAGAUAUUAUGGCCAGUUAAAAAAAGUUUGACUUUGGUGUUUUGUACUUGGUAACUUGAUCUUCAGCAAGAGGAAAACAAAAUGAAAUGGUGCAGAUUUAAUGUACAAGUUUGAUGUACAAGAUUUGUGUCUGAUAUAGACUAAUGAACAUUCUCAAAAAUUGGUUUAUGUUAAGUCAUUUAUCAUUUAAAUGAACUGUAUGUGUUAAAAAAUAAAUCUAUAAAAGUGAUUUGCUUUUGAAAAAUUAAAAUUUAUGAAACACUUGAUAUAGAUUUAAGAAAAUUAAUUCAGUUUAUGCUUGAAGCUGAUUUUUAAUUUAAUUUUUAAUGCAUCAUAUAUCAAAUCUUCAAAAUAUAAGAAUGACAUAUUCAGAUACACCAGUCACCAUUGUAGUGUUUUGAAAAUACUUUUCAUUCAAUUCACACUUUUCUCUUACAAUGAGCAUACAUUGACAUAUAGAGCAUGCUGAUGUUGUAAGACAAUAUUAUUAAUUUCUGUAUUUUUGCAUUUUCGAUGUAAUAAUGAAUGCAUUCUACUCCAUUCAAUCAACAAAAACAUGCAUUCCUUAACUUAGAAA